AUGACUGUCGACAGCGACGUCCUCACCCCGCAAUACUCGCCCGAGCAGCUCGAGCAGAUCAACAAGGAGCUCGAUGGAAAGUCGCCCCAGGAAGUCCUCGCCUGGGCCAUUGACAACAUUGACGGCCUCUAUCAGACUACAGCCUUCGGACUUACUGGUCUCGCCGCCGUCGACAUGAUCUCCAAGAUCUCUCAGGACCGGGAGGAGACGCACCUCGUGCCCCUCAACGUCGCCGACACCUACAUCGCUCCUCUGCACGUAUACCGUCCUCCUGGAGCUGAGACGGCGGACGAGUUCGCUGCCAAGUAUGGCGAGAAGCUCUGGGAGACGGACGAGGCGAGCUACGACUACCUCGUCAAGGUCGAGCCGGCGGCGCGGGCGUACAAGGAGCUCGGCGUCCGUGCCGUGAUCACCGGAAGGCGGCGAAGCCAGGGUGCCGACCGUUCCAACCUCGCUGCUGUCGAGGUCGACGAGCGCGGCCUCAUCAAGGUCAACCCCCUCAUCACCUGGAGCUUCAAGGAGGUCAAGGACUACGUUGACAAAGAGGGUGUGCCGUACAACUCUCUGCUGGACCAGGGCUACAAGUCGAUCGGCGACUGGCAUUCGACGGCCAAGCCGGACCCGAAUGCGGCGGAUGCUGGCGAGCGCUCGGGACGCUGGCAGGGCAAGGCCAAGUCUGAGUGCGGCCUGCACACGAACUACUUUGAGAUGAAGAAGAAGUUUGAGGAGAAGGCCGCCGCCCAGGCUGCCGCGAACGCUCCGGUGCAGUAG